CAGACAAACGCACUACCUCUCUGCACUGCAGCUGUGUGUUUCCGAGCAGAGCCUCACACAUUUCACAGGAAGAAUGCUUCUCUUGUUAUUUAAACUUUAUUUAUUAUGUUCCCGCCUUCACACUUUGACCGAGGCGACCUCAAAGCCUGCAGCCAGGAUGACCUUCACUCUCAGAGAGACCGCAAUGAAGAGGUUUCCUCUCCUCGGACACCAUGUACCUGCAGGGAUUGUUCUGGAAAAAGAGCCGAACACGGUCAUAUCUGCUGAACAGAAACGCCUGAAAUCAUUCAACUUCCAAAACCCUCACGAGACUCCAGUAGAAAUACAUGUACCGUGGACAGAGUGCAACAAAAGUGAUCCUCAGCAGACAGUGAAAGCGGAUUGCAGCUUUAACAUUUAUCUUGUCCAGAAGAUGGAAGCUAACAAGUUGUUCCUGUGUGGAACCGAUGGGAAGGGAACGGCAUGCUGUGAUAUGGACUUAUCAGAGAAGACCCCCAGGUGCAUGUCCUCUGCAAAGAUCCAGAACAUAAAAAAGAGUAUCCAGGGUUUCAUCAUAAAGGAAGGAGAACCAGCCGCUCUCGUGGAAUCAGCAGACAGUAACCUCUACGUCACAUACUCUGGAUCUAAAGGUGAUGUUGGCAUCCACAGGUUUGGGUGGAACAGAGUUGGACCCACGAUGCACGAUAGAGAGCAGCACUAUGUGGGUUUGGUGCCCAGCAGACGGAGAGAUGACCCCUUUCAGGGCAAAGUGUUCGGCUUCUAUAAGGAGAAAAACAAAGAUCCAGACCUGUACAGUAAUAUGUGGAUCCCCUUUGUGACCCGAGUGUGCAUGGGAGAUCGUGGCGGUCCGAAGAACUUUCUGCAGUUCAGUUGGACGUCCCAGAUGAACGCUCGGCUGUUCUGCGGAGAGCCUGAGAGCCGAAGGCAUUUCUCUGAGCUGGUGGAUGUAGCUACUGUGGAGAAAGAGCAGUGGGAGGACACCAGAGUCUAUGCACUCUUCAGAAAUGAAUGGGGGAUGAGUGCGGUGUGUGUCUACACCAUAAAAGACAUUGAACGCAUCUUCACAACGUCCACAUUUAAAGGCAAAGUCCCUCAACCCGGCAGGUCCAGAGCGUGUGUCCAGGACAGCAGCGCGAUUCACAUGGACGUCCUGAGCAAGAUCAAGGAGAACUCGGAGAUGGAGGAAUGGGUUUGGCCCGUCAAUAACUCCGGUCCGAUUCUCUUUAAUCAUCACAACUACACACACAUCUACGUUGACGACUCUCAGAACAACAGGAGCGAUAAACACACCGUGCUCUACCUCUCUCUACAUAAGGGAGACAUUCAUAAGGUGGUGCAGAAGGAAACUGAGACCUUCAUCAUCGCUGAGUAUCAACCUUUCCACCACAGACACCACGUCCUCACCUUCCUCCUCCACCCCCCCACUAUGAAGCUGUAUUUGACCUCCAGGACUGAACUGGUGCAGCUGGAUGUGGGAAACUGUGCCCAGUACGGAGACAGAUGUGGGGAUUGUGUCCUCUCCAGAGACCCCUACUGCGGCUGGAACGGCUCCCACUGCACCCCCCACACUCAAGACAUGCUUCAGGACGUGAGCCGAGCAGAUCACAACAUCUGUGUGUCUCCAGGGACGUUUCAGCACUCUCAAACAGUGAGUAAAUAUCUACCUGCAAGAGACGAUGUGACGAAGAGCAUCAAGCUCCCUCUGAACUCCAAAUACUUCCUGCAGUGCCCAGUUUCAUCUCAUCAGGCCAGAUACACCUGGAUCAACCUGGAGAGAAACACCUCCUGGAGCCUGGAGGAUUCUCCGGGCCUCCUGCUGAUCCCCAGGAUGAGUCCGGAGCAGGAGGGCAGGUACAGGUGUGUGUCGGAGGAGAGGGGGUACACCCGAGUGCUGGCUGACUACACACUGCAGCUGGAGAGCAGAGCGGGGGUCAAAACAUCAACAUCUCUGCUGCUGGGGCUCUGUGUGACCGCCGCGCUGAUCCAGAGUCUGUCCUGUUAGUCCUCAGAUAUUAUACUGGAGUAGCAAUACAGCCCUGUAUUCAAAACCUUAGAAAACAGGUAUUAGCUUCGAAGAAUACCAAAAAGUACAUUACAUUUUAUUGGAUUAUAAUUACUGAUUUGUUACAUUUCAAUGUUUCUCUGGGUAAAAGUGGGGUUCAUUUCACAUUAUCCACUGCUAAUGUAGAUCUCCAAACCCUCAGAUAUUCGACCGGAGUAGCAAUACAACAGAGUUAAGGUCCUGCAUUCAAAACCUUGAAAAAAAGGUAUUAGAUAAAAAAAAAGACUUAAAGUAACAAAAAUACAUUAAUGCAAAAUGGUUAAUUGCAGAGUCAUAUAUAUUUUAUUGGAUUAGAAUUACUUAUUUGUUGUCUGACCGCCGCUCUGAUCCAGAGUCUGUCCUGAUAGAGCUCAGAUAUUAUACUUCAGUAGCAAUACUACAGAGUUAUAACAGAAAAAGCAGUGGAGUAAAAAGUGAAAGUAUUGUAGAAGAACCUCAAAUGUGUACUUGAGUACACAACUGAUCCUGAGUGAUACGAAUGCAAAGGCAAUAAACGACACUUGAAGUUGCAGAAGAUACGUAACCCCAAAUUGCUCCCGUUAGCCGUGUGUGUGUGUGUGUGUGUGUGUGUGUGUGUGUGUGGGUGUGUGUGUGUGUGUGUGUGUGUGUGUGUGUGUGUGUGUGGUGUGGUGUGUGUGUGUGUG